AUGAGUGUUAGGAAGAUGAAAGCUAAAGUUUCAGCAACAUUCAACAUAAAUGUGAGUGUGGGGCAAUGUAGAAAUGUAAAGAAAUUUGUAUUACAAGAAAUUGAAGGAAGUCUAAUUGAACAUUAUGGGAGAUUAUGGUCAUAUGGUCAUGAAAUUAUGAGGACAAACCUUGGGUCUACUGUGAGGUUGGAUGUCGACAUCAUGCCAGAUUCCACAACUUUGUUUUCCAAGUACUAUGUCUGCUUUAAAGCUGUAAGUGAUUGUUGGGAGGAAGGGUGCAAGCCUAUGAUUGGCCUUGAUGGUUUCUUUUUAAAGGGUAUUGGUAGAAGAGAAGUUUUGGCAUCUGUAGGGAAAGAUGCAAACAACCACGUCUACCCUAUAGCAUGGGCUGUGAUUGGAGUUGAGAACAAGGCCACAUGGAAGUGGUUCAUAGAUGGUGGUCUUGGUACAGGCAUUACCCUUCUUUCUGAUGGACACAAGGGGUUACUAGAAGAAGUAAAAGAAAGGUGCACCGAAGCUGAACACAGACAAUGUGCCAGGCAUAUUGUGGCCUAUUUUGCUAAAAGGUUUACUGGUCAACAUUUCAGGAAGCUAUUUUGGAGGGCUGUCAAUGUCAGACGUGUAAUGGAGAAGAUCAAAUCUGUAGAUACUCAAGCAUAUGAUUACCUUAUAGAGAUAGAUCUUACUACAUGGUCUAAGGCAUUUUUUCAAGAGGGAAGAGAGUGUAAUUAUAACAUCCGGAAACCCAGGUAA